CUGUAUGCCACGUACAGGUUGACGUCGACAAGCGGACAGACUUCCUGAUGUGAAGCUGGGUUUCUGUGUUUGCCAGCCCAGGUAACAGAUUUUGCCUGACACGGUCUUGCCAGAACCACCGAUACCACCGCGAGAUCAAGACGUCCAUUUACAGUGGGAGCAGUAGAGGGCGGACGGCACCAUGAAUGGACAGCUCGACCUGAGUGGCAAACUGAUCAUCAAGGCCCAGCUGGGCGAUGACAUCAGACGCAUACCCAUCCACAACGAGGACAUCACCUAUGACGAGCUGGUGCUGAUGAUGCAGCGCGUCUUCAGGGGCAAGCUGCAGAGCAACGAUGAGGUCACCAUCAAAUACAAGGACGAAGAUGAUGACCUCAUUACUAUUUUCGACAGCUCGGAUCUCUCCUUUGCCAUCCAGUGCAGUAGGAUACUGAAACUCACUCUGUUUGUGAAUGGUCAGCCGAGACCUCUGGAGUCCAGUCAGGUGAAGUAUCUGCGCAGGGAGCUCAUUGAGCUCAGGAACAAAGUCAACAGUCUUCUGGACAGCCUCGAGCCCCCCUCAGAACCUGGCCUGGCUGCAUCGGUACCAGACCGGGACUUGGUGGAUAGACAUGAGGGGAGGGCGGUGGCAGCAGCAGAGGCAGCAAUGAAGCAGGCCCCGGUCCCAGUCAGCGCGGCCAGCAUGUCGGCCUUCGACCCCCUGAAGAACCAGGGCGAGGUCAGCAAGAACGUCAUCGCCGCCUUCGGCCUGAGUGAGGACCAGGUCCCAGCCCCCCCAGGUGUCUUGGCUGAGGAGCGGUCAGGUACUCCAGACAGCAUUGCCUCAUCCUCGUCUGCCGCCCCCCAGCCCGGGGUACCCCCCCAGCCACAGGCCCCCUAUGCAGGGGUACAGCAGGGACCCCCAGCGGCCAUGGACGGUCAGAUGUACCAGUACCAGGCCCCAGGUGGAUACCCACCCCAGCAGCCAGCACCACAGCAGCAGUAUGGCAUGCAGUACCCUGCAGGAUACACCCCCCAGCCCGGGGCCCCGCAACCUGGCGGUCCUCAGCCCCAACAGCAGCAAACUUUCCAGAACUACCCUGCCCCCACUUCCCAGGCCCCCGCGCCUGGCCAGACCCCAGCCCCCGGCUUCCAGGGAGGCCAACAGCAGGCUCCUCCACCUCAGGGUGCACAGCAGUACCCCCCAGGGGUCUUCCCUCCCCAAAACUACACCUCCCAGGCCAACCAGCCUGCCAACUACAGCCUGCCCCCAGGCUCCCAGCCCCAGCCUGGCCAGGGUUACCAGCCCCGUCCCGGCUACACCCCUCCCCCCGGUAGCAACGUCACCCCCCCUCCCGGGGUGUCAAACCCCUACGCCCGCAACCGGCCCCCCUUCGGCUCGGGUUACGCCCAGCCUGGUCCCGGGUACCGGUAAGAGGGGAGGGAACGGGGAAUGUUAUCCACCCACCCCUCCCCUGCGUGUCCUGGCUGUUAGGCUGGGGUUCGGUAAACAUGGUCUGCUAAUCUGUCCAUCCCUCUCAGUCCUCAGAUAUUGAGUUUAUAUCCCAAACAAGCUACAAACCCUCAGUCUGAUCGUCUGUUUGUAUUCCGUCUCGCCCCUUCACCCCUCUCUCUCUCACACAC